AUGUGCAUUCCUUACUCUAUAUUUAACAGCUGCAGCCUGUGCUGGGGGCAACAGCAACUGAGGGGAACCUUUGUAGCUUCCCAAAUUCACAGCUCGUGAGGGUGGGAGUGGGGGAAGCUUUCUGCAGGGAGAAGAGGGAUUUCUCUCCUUCCCGGUGUUUGCAGAGCAGGUUGCACUAGAGACUGCAAUGCCAGCAUCCCAGCCACGGUCCAGAGCAAGAGACAGGAACAAUGUCCUCAACAGGGCCGAGUUCCUCUCCCUGAAUCAGCCCUUGAAGGGGAACCAGGAGAGCAGGAGCUCUGGCAGAAAGCAGAGCAGCCAGGCCGGGGCUGCUGGUCCCCAGAACAGCAGCCCCAAGGAGCGGAGGCAGUCGCAGCAGCUGCCCGAAGAGGACUGCAUGCAGCUCAACCCUUCCUUCAAGGGAAUCGCCUUCAACUCCCUGCUGGCCAUCGAUAUCUGCAUGUCCAAGAGGCUGGGAGUCUGUGCCAACACGGCCUCCUCCUGGGGUGGUGCCCGCUCCAUGAUCAACCUCCUGGGGAUAACGGGGCACGGGAUCCCCUGGAUUGCGGGUACCCUCAUCUGCCUGGUGAAGAGCAGCACGCUGGCAGGCCAGGAGGUCCUCAUGAACCUGCUGCUAGCCCUGCUCCUGGACAUCAUGAUUGUGGCUGGUUUGCAGAAGUUGGCCAAGAGGAAGGGCCCAUACGACGUCAACCCUGGCUUGUUGGACUACCUGACCAUGGACACCUACGCCUUUCCAGCCGGGCACGCCAGCCGAGCAGCCAUGCUCUCCAAGUUCUUCCUCAACCACCUGGUCUUGGCCAUCCCUCUCCGGAUCCUGCUGGUCCUCUGGGCCCUCUGUGUGGGCUUUUCCCGUGUCAUGAUCGGACGGCACCACGUCACAGAUGUCCUGUCUGGCUUUGUCUUUGGCUACUUACAGUUCAGGCUGGUGGAGUUGAUAUGGAUGUCUUCUAACACGUGUCAGAUGCUGAUAUCCAUCUGGUGAACAUGAGGGACGUGAGGCCUUCCCACUGGAAACUAGCAGAUACUUCAAGAGUCUCCC